GCCUAUUCCUCGCAGCAAAUAAAAAUGUUCACCUGCGAAUAUUGCAACCGCUCGUUCAGCCGUAAAGACCACCUGGCGAGGCACGGGGACUGUCGCGCAGCAGUACAAAUUUGUGACGUUUGCGGCGGGAUAUACAAAUCCGAGGGGGCUCUCCGACGCCAUAAACGCGAGAAGCAUGAGGUUCCCAAGGCGAAAAGACCCGCCGCCGCCCCUAUUGCUGCAGACGAACCCAAGCGCCCGAGACUUGACCUACCGGAAGCUUCGACAUCAUCAUCAUCACCAUCAUCCACGCGCCAUUGUACGCAGUGUAACUUGACCAUUCCUGCAAAGAGAUGGCAAGGACACUUGCGUACUUUGGCUCACCGCCAAAAAUGCAGCGUGGUGCAGGAGCCAGGAGUAGAAAUGAUACAGACCUCCUUCCGUAACCGCAUAGUUACAUACCGUCUGGCGUCCACCGUUAACCCUACCGACGUUAAGGGCUUCUUGGACCACCUUAGGUCCAAAAUCCUUACGUUGGUAGAGUCGAACGUCCGACGCUACGGCAACGUGAAAGUCGGUAUGGAGCUAUUCGGAAACUUCCUCUUGCAGACGAAGGAAAAAGAGGAGGUCAAGUCCUUCAAUACCAAAUAUCGGCUGGUGAGCGGAAACACCGAUCUGGAGGAGCUAUACGUCCAGUUCGUCGACAUCUUGGCUACCAAAGCGUCCGAGUUUCAGGAAAGGGACAGCGGUAUGAUUCAUAAAAAUGUAUAUUUCCGAACUAAUUUCUUUCUCUUUUUUACAGGCUGGGCGUUGGAGGAACUUCUCCAUUUAGAAAUAGGGAUUAACAAGUACAAUCCCCUAAGGGCGUCGUCCUAUGUUAGCCUGCCCAAGGAAAUCGAAGCCAAAAAAGCUGUUUUGAACUUGCAAAAUACGGACGAAAAAUGCUUUAUGUGGUCGAUCUUGGCUGCUCUUCACCCAAUUCACUGGACAAAUAACGCUAACAGGGUCAGUAACUAUGUAGAAUUUCAGAACGAGCUGGAUUUUACAGGUAUCGAUUUUCCCGUUAAACUUAAGGACAUAUCCACUUUUGAACGACUUAAUGAAAUUUCGGUCAAUGUCUAUGGCCUCGAGAGAGUCUAUAACAAAGUCCGUAAUGAUGUUGAGGUCGUUGGUCCUUUGCAUUUUACUGAAUCUCGUAAAGAGAGACAUGUAAACCUAUUAUUAAUUAGUAAUGACUAUGGAGAAAAUCAUUAUUGUUUAAUAAGAAGUAUGUCUCGGUUGGUUUCAAAACAAUUAACUAAAAGGUCCUCUACAAAGUUUUUAUGCGAUGGGUGUUUGGUUUAUUUUUAUAACGAAGAAAAACUAAAGCGUCAUAAAGAACACGACUGCACUCACAUUUCCAUAAAACUUCUGACCACCGAAUUGCGCAAGGAUAAAUACGGUAAAGAUGUUCCCGCGAAUAAGCUGAAAUUUGAAGAAUUUGAAAAUAAAUUAAAAGUUCCUUUUGUUGUGUACGCGGACUUUGAAACAGUCAUGAUUCCUUUACAGGUGGAAGGCGAACCGAAUCCCGACAAAUCGUUUACCGUCAAAACUCAUAUUCACGAGCCUUACUCUUUCGCCUACUAUGUCAAAUGUGACUUUGACGAUUCCCAGUCUACUUUUAAACAGUACAGAGGUCGGGGCGCACACAAAAUUUUCAUUGAAUGGUUGGAGAGCGACUGCAAAGCGCUCUACAACAAGUUCAUGAAAACUUCCGUGCCCAUGACCACUCUAUCGUUUGAACAAGAGACCGGCUUUCGAAACGCUGCGGCUUGUCACAUUUGCGAGAAACCAUUUAAUGCAGAGGACGAAAAAGUAAGGGAUCAUUGUCAUAUGACGGGCGAAUUUCGAGGUGCGGCUCACUUCACUUGCAACUUGAAUUUCAAAGUUCCGCGGCACAUCCCUGUCUUUUUUCACCAUUUAGGUUUCGACAGUCAUUUAUUUGUAAAAUUUAUGGCUGAAGAAGGGGAAAAGAUCGAUGUCAUCGCCCAAAACAAGGAACGUUACAUUUCCUUUACGAAACACGUCCUAGUCGAUAACAUUGAGUCGGAGAAAGGAGGCAAAGGGAAAAGGGUAUUUUUAAAACUCCGAUUUUUAGAUUCAUUUCGAUUUAUGGCAUCCAGUUUGGACAGAUUGAGUCGAAAUUUGAACGAUAGUCAGUGUCGGGAAGUCAAAAAAUUUUUUAAAAAUGAACAAGAAUUUCAACUUAUUCGACAGAAGGGCGUUUUUCCAUAUACGUAUCUAGAUUCUUUUUCAAAAUUAGACAAAACCAAACUGCCAUCGCACGAGGACUUUUAUGACUCCAUGCGAAAGAGCAACAUAACCAGGGAGGAUUACAAGCGUGCCUGGACUGUGUGGAAUUUGUUCAAAUGUAAAACUUUAGGCGAAUAUUCAGAUAUUUAUUUAAAAUCCGACGUUUUACUUUUAGCCGAUAUUUUUGAAAACUUCAGAGAGGUGUGUCUGAAAACGUACGGUCUGGACCCGAGUCAGUUUUAUACGACACCGGGUCUAUCAUGGACGAGCGCCCUGAAGGCGACAAAGGUCGAACUGGACCUGUUGACCGACGUGGACAUGAUACACUUCUUGAAGCACGGUAUCCGCGGAGGAGUCAGUCAGUGUAGUGUGAGAAAGGCCGCGGCUAAUAAUAAUUUUUACCUAAUUACGACCCUUCCAAACCUAUUUCUUACGUCAUGUACUUGGACGCUACCAAUUUAUACGGGGCGGCCAUGUCACAAUACCUCCCAACGGGAAACUUCGAGUGGUUGGAGGAGGGCAAAAUUCAAAAUUUAG